AAGAGAUGUGUAUAUUUAAUAUUUCAUUCUCAAAUGCUGAACCAGAGAUGCUGGUUGUUAUGUUCAUGGAUGGUAACAGUUCGGACACAAUCAAGGAGACAUUUCGAAUCUAAUAAACAUUUAAAAAUGUGGUUACAUUGCUCUUUAACACAAGCUCCACUCUGCGCCACGCUGAACCUGGUACUGAGGAUUGAGAUCAACAUGAGCCUCGUUUCAUAGCCGUCUCUGAGGAAUUCCAAUUACGUUACGCUCAUAUUAGAAGGCUUUUGCUGUGAUUAGACGGCUUAAGGGUCUGUUGCAAACAUCCGAUUUCUUCACAUUAGCAGCGAGGCACAGGCUGGUGGCCUGUGGAGUGAGUUUAGGGUCAUGGUGAGUGUGACUUCGGUCCUGAAGGAGGUGAUCUUGUUCGUUGCCGAGCUCAUCAGCUCCGUCACAGACUGGUUCCAGUCUGAACCAGGAUGGGCCAAACUAGAAGUGCUGGAGGAAACAGAGCUGAAGACCACUGGAGGGGUCCACGAGCGACACACUGCCAAAACUCUGUGGGACAAGACCGGAGCUGUGGUCAUGGUUGUACGACGCCCUGGAUGUCUAUUGUGCAGAGAGGAGGCCGCUGAGCUGUCCUCUCUGAAGGACCAGCUGCAGGAUCUUGAAGUCCCUCUGUUCGCCGUGGUAAAGGAAAACCUCGGCAAGGAGCUGGACUGCUUCAAGAAGUACUUCUCUGGGAAGGUCUACGUGGAUCAGACGAGAAAUUUCUACGGCCCUAAAGAGAGGUGGAUGUUUCUCUCCAUGUUCCUGCGUAUUGGGGUGUGGAGGAACAUCUGGCGAGCAUACAGGAGGGGCUUCAGGGGAAACCUAAGAGGUGAUGGGCUGGUUUUGGGUGGAGUCUUCGUCAUCGGGCCUGGAGAUCAGGGUAUUCUACUGGAGCACCGCGAGAAGGAGUUUGGGGAUAAAGUGAAUAUGCUGGCGGUACUCAGAACAGCCCGCAAAAUGCAAGACCACGUGGCCAGAUAAAAUGAAUGUGAAUUGAUGGAAAUUUGGAGAGCCAUUACAUAAUAAAUGUUGCAGCAUGCUUCAAUUUG